AGAGCCUGAACGAAGAAGAAGAAGAAGAAGGAGGAGGAGGAGGAGUUUACCCAACACCGGAAGAGAGAGGCAGUCAGCGUGCAAGAUGGUGGCCACCAGGAGAGGAGUGCGCGUGUACUCUCCCAGUAAAACAAACCCGGAUCAGUCCUCUGAAGUCCAGGUAUGUGGUCCAGGCCACUCCCUCUACCGGUCGAAGAACCAGGAGCACGGUCAAACAAGCAGAGAGCCCAACCCAGCAUGCCCUGGUGGAGACCAGCAGCCAGCUUGAAAAAAGUGAGGGAGGCUACCCGGCAUCCCCACCUCCCUCAAUGAGAAGAUGCACCAGAGCUUCCAGACUUCACAGUCCAGAGCAGCCAUGCACGCCCGUGGGCUCCGUCCACGAAGCGGACAUAUCAGAGGCGGAGUCCUGCUGCUCGGUGGUGUCCGACAACGAACCACCAAUGACACGCACUAGAGGAAGGAAGAAACAGCCCACCACCUCCAGUCAGGUAGAUCAGGAGGUAUCAGAGGUGGAGUCAUGCUCCUCUGCAGUAUCUGCAUCCAGAGCUGGGCGGAGUAGCCGUCGAAGCACAAGAAAGAAGGUGAUUCCUAAAAGCUCUGAUCCACUGCAUGUUGAGGCAGAAGAUGUCAAGAUUAAUUUGGUGCUGGAGUCUGAUUCCUGCAGCUCUGUGGUGUCCGAAUCCCAGAGAGUCACCAGAAGUCAGAGGAAAACUGCUCGUACCAGAUCAUCUGCCAAACAACAAACUGAGGACUCAGAUGCUGACAGCUGCGCGUCCAGCGUCUCAGGAGCUGAAGUUUCAAAGUCCCCUAGCCGCAGAGCUACUAGAUCCAGAAAGCAAACAGGUCCCAUCCCGAUCCACCUUGAUGACGCCUCGGAAAGCUCUCUCUCCCCCGCCCCAAUGGGCCGAAGGAGACGGGCAACAAGAAGGAAAGCAACAGCUACUGUAGAUGUCAGUGAGCCCCCAUCUUGUGACUCUGAUGGGUUUGAGUCAGGGCCCACUUACAGUAUGAUGAAUAGCAGACAGGGUAAGACCAAAUCCACAGGUCCUAAAGCCGUGGACUCGGACUCUGACCUGACUGACAUACAUUCCCCGAUGGGAAGCCCCCGCUCUACUCGCAGCAGAGGAACUCCCUGCAGCAGCCGCACAGGCUCAGGAACCAGCAGUCGAGGUGCGGCGGCCUCGAGACACUUAGUCAAGGAUCUUAGAAUAGUUGUAGAAAAACCUGUGGAGCCAGCUGAGGAGGACACUUCGUUAAAUGAUUCUAGGUUAGAAAGUACAGUGAUAGCUGAGGACGCAGACUGCACACUGUUGGAGGAAGACGAGAGCCAAGUAUUGGAAGAAAAAGAGAAGGAUGCUGAGCCAGAUGGCGUGGAAAAGGGAGUAAUUGUCAUUUCAGAAGAAAACUCCUGUGCAUCUCCCAGCCCUGUUUGUGCUGAAGAAGCUGUUAGUAAACCUGCAGUGACUGUCAGCUUCCAGCAGGAGGAGCCGUGUGACGAACAUAAGGACGAGGACACUACAGAGAUGGAAAUGAUGCAGGAAACAGUCCCGUCAUCAGAGCCGUUAAAGCCUUGCCAAUCAGUUACAGUAACAGUAUGUGAGAGGCCUUCUGAAACCACAGAGACCGAAGAGAAGGACGAAGCUAUGGAAGUACCUGAUGAGGAGGCCCACCCAUCACAGGGAGACGGGGGUUUGAAGAAGGACGAUGAUGUGGAAACUCGGCCUGCUGAGGAGGAGAAAAUGGAAGUUGACGCAUCAAAUGUUGAUGCUCAGCAGGUGGUCGACUCCAGCGAGGUCCAAGUUCAGUCCAUUCAGGUAACACCCAGUCAGCAGCACAACAUCACGGUGGAUUCUGGGCCUGUACAGCAACCUAAAGAUGUCAUCGUCCAGAAGGCAAAGACAAUCAGCCUGCUGGACAGUAGUGAUGAUGAAGAUGAUUAUGCUGAAGAAGAAGAGGAAGAAGAGGAAGAGGAAGUCUCUGAAGAGGAGACGGGAGGUCAUUCCAGUAAGUCUGAAGCAGCAGGCCCAUCAGUCGAUGGACUGUUUAUGAUUGACACACGGCCUGGACAGGAGGCCGAUGAACAUUACUACAAGGAGAAGCCAGCAGAGGAGGCGGAGAAGAAGGCCACAAAGGAAGAGAGAGGUGAACAGGAGGAGCAAGACGAGGAGUUUGUGGAUGAGGAGGAGGAUGAUGAUGAUGAUGAAGAUACAAGCAUCCUCCUCUCGAGUAGAAAUCCGCUGUUGAAAGAGAUGUCCAGCCGUAUUGACCCUGGCAUCAGAAUGAAGGAGCUCGGGGGUUUAUACAUCAAUUUUGAUGGCAGCAAAUCAAAACCUGUCUCCAGUUCGCUGCAAAAACUAAAGGAAAAGAAGAUCCGAGAUGAGGUGAUGAAGAAGAGUAUAAUUGGACCAGACUUUGAAAAGAAGGACGCCGUGCCUCCAUACAGCGAAUCCAAACAAGCCUUAAAGUUGAAACGCAGAGUGGAGAGGCAGAAAUCAACAGGAGAUGCUUGGUUUAAUAUGAAAGCCCCUGAGCUCACUCAGGAGCUGAAAGGAGACCUCCAAGUCCUGAAGAUGAGAGGCUCGAUGGAUCCCAAGAGGUUCUACAAGAAGAACGACAGAGAUGGCUUUCCCAAAUAUUUUCAGAUUGGUACAGUGGUGGACAACCCAGUCGACUUCUAUCAUUCCCGUAUUCCCAAGAAGGAGAGGAAGAGAACCAUGGUGGAGGAGCUGCUGGCUGACGCCGAGUUCAGGCAAAACAACAAAAAGAAGUACCAGCACAUUGUGACGGAGAAAGCGGCACAAGGAGCCGGCAGGAAGAACAAGAAGAAGCAUAAAUUCCAUAAGAAGUAAAUCUGAAGAUGAUGUGAUGAACACUGACUCUGAGUGGCUUUUUAUAGAUGCUGAUAUAAACUCCGUCUUCAACAGCAAAUCAUAGAGACUUUAUUGAAUCCUGCUCAUUCAAGAUCAUCUCUAAAGAUGGAUAGAGGAUGUGUCUUUACUUGAAGUUUAUUGUAUUAAAAAUGAUUCAAGUCAAAGUCAUUACUUUGUACAUUUAGCAGAAAAUGUAUACAUACAUAGAUUUACAACAGAAACAAAUAAUUUUUAAUCACAUGGAUCUGUACUUUCCAAACUGUUUGUUGCAGAGCAAUCAUAGUUAUUCAAAAAAAAAAGUAAAAUAUUUCUUUGACUGGCA